UUUCAGAGCUCUGUUGAACCUAUGCAAGUUGAUGCACCUCCAGAUGAAAAUGAUGCAUCUGAGGAAGAAGUUUACAUUGUUGAAAAUCCAACAUUGGAUUUAGAAGCUUACAUAAGUAGUUAUACUGGAUUGGCGAAGCUCUACAGACUUAUUUACAUAGCAGAUCACUGUCCAUCUCUUAGAAUAGAAGCACUGAAAAUGGCUUUAUCGUAUGUUCAAAGCACAUACAAUGUUAGUAUGUACCAGAUGAUACACAGAAAACUGGUUGAAGCAGCCGGUAACUCCAAUCUACCUGACGUAACAGGAGGCCUCAAUGCUGGAGUUGUACCUUUAGAUUCUCAAUGGAUUGAAACCAAAAGCAAAAAAGCAGCGCUUAAAUUAGAGAAACUGGAUACCGAUUUGAAGAACUAUAAAAGUAAUUCUAUAAAAGAAAGUAUAAGGCGUGGCCAUGACGAUUUAGGAGAUCAUUAUUUAGACUGUGGUGAUUUAAGUAAUGCUUUGAAAUGUUACAGCAGAGCAAGAGAUUACUGCACUAGCGGGAAACAUGUUGUCAACAUGUGUUUAAAUGUUAUUAAGGUUAGCGUUUAUCUUCAAAAUUGGUCUCAUGUCCUUACAUAUGUCAAUAAAGCAGAAGUUACUCCUGAAGUAGCUGAAGCAAAUGGAAAAGAAACAAAUCAACUUGUUUUAACAAAAUUGAGGUGUGCUGCUGGUUUAGCUGAACUGGCUACUAGAAAAUAUAAAUCUGCUGCAAAAAACUUUCUUCAAGCAUCUUUUGACCACUGUGAUUUUCCUGACCUCCUGUCACCCAACAAUGUUGCAAUGUAUGGAGGUCUCUUUGCUCUAGCUUCAUUUGACAGGCAAGAGCUUUUGCAGAAAGUUAUUUCUAGCAGUUCUUUCAAACUUUUCUUGGAAUUGGAACCUCAGCUGAGGGACAUAAUUUUUAGAUUCUAUGAUUCAAAAUAUGCAUCAUGCUUAAAAUUACUCGAUGAAAUUAAGGAUAAUCUAUUAUUGGACAUGUAUUUAGCACCUCAUGUUAAUACUCUAUAUACACAAAUUAGAAAUAGAGCCUUAAUUCAGUAUUUCAGUCCUUAUUUAUCUGCUGAUAUGAAUAAAAUGGCUGUUGCAUUUAAUACUACAGUAGGAGCUUUAGAAGAUGAGCUUAUGCAGCUAAUAUUAGACAACCAAAUACAAGCAAGAAUAGAUUCUCAUAACAAAAUUCUUUAUGCUAAAGAUAUUGAUCAGAGAAGUACUACAUAUGAAAAAGCUAUUCAAAUGGGCAAAGAAUAUCAGAGGCGGACAACACAACUUAUCCUUCGAUCCGCAAUGUUACGGAAUCAAAUACAAGUCAAGAGUCCACCAAGAGAAGGUUCUCAAGGAAAUGAAUUAAGUAUGACACCAGUUAACAGCACACCUCGAAAUUAAAAAUGCUGAUUUGUAAAAAUUGAACUAAGAUUCUCUAGCAUUUCUGAGUGAGAAACUUGUUUCCUUACUCAUUGACGAACUAUGUACAGCUUAGCUUAUGCUAAUUGUGAAAUAAAAUUUACUACAUUUUG